AGCCGGACGCAGGGAACAUGGGCGAAUGCCACACGCUGCACUGGGCCCUCCUGCUGCUGCUCUGCGGCUCCUGCACCUCCAGCCUCGCCGUGGACACGGGCUCCUUCCGACGGAUCUUCCUGAAGAAAAUGCCCUCCGUCCGGGAAAGCCUGAAGGAGCGCGGCGUGGAAGUGUCCAGGCUCCGGGCGGCAGGGAGCCAGCCCUCCGGGAGGUGGCUCCUCACCAACAGCACCGCCUCCGUGAUUCUCACCAACUACCUGGACACCCAGUACUAUGGCGAGAUCGGCAUUGGCACCCCUCCCCAGACCUUCAAAGUCAUCUUUGACACGGGAUCGGCCAACCUCUGGGUGCCCUCCACCAAGUGCAGCCCCCUCUACACAGCCUGUCAGAUUCACAGCGUCUACAACUCCCUGGAGUCCUCCACCUACUUGGAGAACGGGACAGAGUUCACCAUCCGCUACGGGUCCGGGAAAGUCAACGGCUUCCUGAGCCAGGAUAUGGUGACCGUGGGCGGAAUCACGGUGAUGCAGACGUUCGGAGAGGUCACGGAGCUGCCCGCCAUCCCCUUCAUGCUGGCCAAGUUUGACGGGGUCCUGGGCAUGGGCUUCCCCGCACAGGCCGUGGCUGGGGUCACCCCCAUCUUCGACCACAUCCUCUCGCAGCGGGUGCUGAAGGAGGAGGUCUUCUCCGUCUACUACAGCAGGAAUUCCCACUUGCAGGGGGGAGAGAUUGUGCUGGGAGGCAGUGACCCUCAGUAUUACCAAGGGAGUUUCCACUACGUGAGCAUCAGCAAGCCCGGCUCCUGGCAGAUCAUGAUGAAAGGGGUGUCUGUGAGGUCGUCCACCUUGCUCUGUAAGGAGGGCUGCAUGGCGGUGGUGGACACCGGCGCCUCCUACAUCUCGGGGCCCACCAGCUCGCUGAGGCUGCUCAUGGAGACGGUGGGGGCCCGGGAGCUGAGCACCGACGAGUAUGUCGUGAGCUGUCAGCAGGUGCCCACCCUCCCUGACAUCUCCUUCCACCUCGGAGGCAGAGCCUACACCCUCACCAGUGCAGACUACGUGUUACAGGACCCCUACAGUAACGAUAACCUGUGCACCCUGGCCCUCCACGGUAUGGACAUCCCGCCGCCCACCGGGCCGGUCUGGAUCCUGGGCGCCAGCUUCAUCCGCAAGUUCUACACGGAAUUCGAUCGGCGGAACAAUCGCAUCGGCUUCGCUCUGGCCCACUGAGGCCCUCCGCGGGCCCUGCGGCCGCCAGGGGGACCCCAGCCUGGGCGGGAGCCCUCGCUGGUCCGCCUCCGACCACGCCUGUGUCCUCACGGGAGGGUCAGGACACAGAGCGCCUGGUGGAUGCAGCCCUGCCCCAGCCCCGCUCCUCCCCGCUUGGAGGACACAAACAGAAUAAAAACUCCAUGCUCACAGCCCUCUUGCACCUGGGUCCAUAGGGCUGGAAACGGAGGGAGGGACGGCCGCGUGAUCGUGUCCAGACAGGAAUGCGGCCCGGAAUAACAAACACACUCACCUGACGUCUGCAGGGCUCCGGCGGACUUGUUUACACAACCUUGGGUGGGAGGUUUGCAGAACGCCAGCCCCUUCCCCCCUCCGGCCUCUCCAGGACCGAGGCCA